AUGAAACGCAUAAUUGUUUCGCCCGUGGAAUUAGAGAAGGUUUUAUUAUCCCACGAAUCAGUAGUAAAUGCGGCCGUAAUUGGAGUGGAAGACGAAGAAAACGGAGAGAUUCCUAAGGCGUUCGUUACCAUCAAAAGUGGCGCUCAAGUCGGGCCACAGGAGCUCUUGGAUUACGUUAAUAAUCGAGUCAAUCGUAUUAAACAAAUGAGAGGAGGAGUAAACAUUGUAAAGGCGUUACCCCUCACACCUCUCGGCAAAGUUAAAAAGGCAGAUAUUAAACGAAUGGUUAAAAAUGGCGAUUGGCCAGGCAAUAUAUAAUUUAUAUCUUAUAUACAGCAAUUUAUAUACAAAUCGUUAUUCUAUAAAAUCCAAAUUAAUCGCAUAUCAUAU